AUGUCGUCCACCGCAAUCCCCAAGCGCGUUGCGCUCAAUCGCAACCCCGCUACAGAGUCCUCCACGGUCAGCUCUGUCUCGGCCUCGCCAUUUGACAGCCCUCGCCAGUCCCCCUCCUCCACCUCCCUGUCGUCCAUGGGCUCCGAGCAGGAGGUCAAGUUGGUCGAUACCUACGGCAACGAGUUCAAGAUUCCCGAUUACACCAUCAAGCAGAUCCGCGAUGCCAUUCCCGCUCACUGCUUCCACCGCUCCGCCGUCACCAGCUUGUACUAUGUCUUCCGGGACCUAACCAUCCUCGGCGCCAUCUUCUACGUCUUCCACAACUAUGUCACCCCCCAGACGAUCCCCUUCCUGCCCGCUCGCGUGGUCCUCUGGACUCUGUACACCAUCGUGCAGGGUCUCGUCGGCACCGGCGUGUGGGUUCUGGCUCACGAGUGCGGUCACCAGGCCUUCUCCCCCUCCAAGGUCCUGAACGACACCGUCGGCUGGAUCUGCCACUCCAUGCUGCUCGUCCCUUACUUCUCCUGGAAGAUCUCCCACGGCAAGCACCACAAGGCCACUGGAAACAUCGCCCGCGACAUGGUCUUCGUCCCCAAGACCCGUGAACAGUUCGCCUCCCGCGUCGGAAAGACCCUGCACGAGCUCAGCGAGCUGUGCGAGGAGACCCCCAUCCUGACUGCCGGAAACCUCCUCGCCCAGCAGCUCUUCGGCUGGCCUCUGUACCUGCUCAACAACGUCACCGGCCACAACAACCACUCCAAGCAGCACGAGGGCCGCGGUGUCGGCAAGGAAAACGGCUGGGGCGGCGGUGUCAACCACUUCUACCCCUCCAGCCCUCUGUACGAGGCCAAGGACGCUAAGCUCAUUGUUCUGAGUGACCUCGGUCUCAUCAUCACCGCCUCCGCCCUGUACUACAUCGGCACCAACUUCGGCUGGCUCAACCUGCUCGUCUGGUACGGUCUCCCCUACCUGUGGGUGAACCACUGGCUCGUCGCUAUCACUUACCUCCAGCACACCGACCCCACCCUCCCUCACUACCAGCCCGAGGUUUGGAGCUUCGCCCGCGGCGCUGCUGCUACCAUCGACCGUGACUUCGGUUUCGUUGGCCGCCACAUCUUCCACGGUAUCAUCGAGACCCACGUGCUGCACCACUACGUCAGCAACAUCCCCUUCUACAACGCCGACGAGGCCAGUGAUGCCAUCAAGGCCGUCAUGGGCAACCACUACCGCACUGAGGCUCACACCGGCUGGACUGGUUUCUUCAAGGCCAUGUGGACUGCCGCCCGUGUCUGCCAGUGGGUUGAGCCCAACGAGGGUGCCACCGGCGAGAGCGAGGGUGUUCUCUUCUACCGUAACACCAACGGUGUCGGUAUCCCUCCUGCCAAGGUGGCUGGCAAGGCCCAAUAG